UACGUUUAAUGCGUGGUCAUAUUAGGUUUACUCGGAUUGACAUGCAAGUAUGAUUCGUUCGUACUAUUUUUAAGUUAGGUAGUUUUCACUAUGAUACCGUAUAACAUCGCCGAGGGAAACCCUGAAGGGUUCCUGGAAGACAUCCGUAAUCUUGGUCAGGGACGGAAGACUACAUCAUCGAUCCCAUAAAUUAGGCGGCUUUCUUACAAAAACCUGCCAACUAUUCCACCAAACAAGCAUCAAGUGACAUCUCGGUUACCCACGAUUUGGAAACCUAAACGUUGAAUCAGGGGCCAAUUCCACUUUAGCUUAGAUGCUAGAAGCUCCACGUCGAAUCAUUACAUCAUGAUCAAGUCUUCAACCUCACCACAUGGUAGUCUUUCUAAAUUCUGUACCCCGCAUCCCUACGGUAUAUGAGACCAUGGAAGACCAUGGUUCUUGGCAAUUAAGGAACGGUUCUAGAUUGAAACUGCUUAUCCACAUCGAAUACUUCGUUAAAGACUUGGCAUUGUGGUUUAAUAUAGUAUAAUUCAAGAUGGUUCACCAACACGGCGACGAACACGAUAUCCCCGAGGAACAUCGUACUCAGAACCAUGGCGCCUGGCUUCCAGCGGACCAUCGUGUCCAACACGAAUGGCUCAAGACGCAAAUCGAACACGUCGACAAGGCUCCUCAAAAAGAGCUAAUUCCCGUCCUUCAAGAUUUUAAGAAAUUGAUCGAGGGAAACUCGCGCAUUUACAUGUACUUUAACCAAAUGUGGGAGGAGAUACCGCUCAAGAAGCCGUAUUACAAAGACCCGACUGGUACCAAGAGGCAGAUCCGAGACUACCGACAUAUGCUAGCCGUGCUCAACCACAUCUUCACGCAGGCUCCUCAGUGGACUGAUGCUGGAUUCGGUGUUGGCAUGGUCGGAGUCCCCAUGGUGGGUAUCUUCGACUAUGUGAUGGCUACACCUAGUGGUCAUGCCGCCUUCUUAGAUCCGGAGGUCAAUAAGAUGAUGAAAAAGAUCCUGAAUGAAUGGGGCAAGUUCUUGAAGACACCGAAAUCAGCCGAAGUGCUCGCCUCUCACAAGGAGGGCUGGUUCUCUGAGCACGGCCUGAAGGACUUGAUGGAGGUAGCCAACGCACCGCUGAAGACGUCGCAUAGGUUCGAGGAUAUGUACAUCUGCGACCCUUCAGCUAAGCAUUAUGGCUAUACUUCUUGGGACGACUUCUUCACGCGACAGCUGCGCGAGGAUGCACGACCCGUAGCCUCACCGGAUAACGAUGACGUCGUAGCCAACUCAUGCGAGUCCAAAGUGUACAACGUGGCACGACACGCCAAGCUACGCGACCGCUUCUGGAUCAAGAGCCAGCCGUACUCGGUUCUCGACAUGCUAGGCCACGAUCCUCUGGCCGCACAGUUCGAUGGCGCGACAGUGUACCAAGCUUUCCUAUCAGCAUUAUCGUACCACCGUUGGCACGCUCCCGUCUCAGGCCGCAUUGUACGCGCCUUCGUGAAAGAUGGCACUUACUUUAGCGAACCGCUGUUCGAAGGCCCCGCAGGUGGUUAUGCUGAGGGCGAACACAGCACGCAAGGCCCUGGUGAAAUCGACACGCGCGGCAUCAGCGUGGCUCAAGGAUACCUGACGGCGCUGGCGACGCGCGCUGUCAUCUUCAUCCAGGCAGAUAAUCCUGCAAUCGGACUGAUGGCGUUCGUAGGCGUGGGUAUGGACGAGGUCAGCACAUGUGAGAUCACGGUGGGCCAGGGGCAGCAUGUACAAAAGGGCGACCAGAUUGGUAUGUUCCACUUCGGCGGCUCGUCGCACUGCCUGCUGUUCCGUGCCGGAGUACCGGUCGACGGGUUCCCAAGUCCAAGUCGGGCGGAGAAUGUGGCCGUGAGAAGUCAGGUUGCUGUUAUCAAGCGGAAGUAAGGAUUCAAAUCUUAGGCCUAUUAUAUGUCACAGACAAGAUUCGAAUGGUGAGUAAGUUGUCUAGAAAGGGACCUUGAUUUAAAAAUAAAUG